AUCCAACGUCUGUUGUAUGAAGGGAUGGCUGGGAUGGAAACACCAUACCAUGGCUGCUCCGCGGUUGAAUCCACGUCCAACACGCCGGACCAGGAUUGUUUGCAUAAGCGACACCCAUAAUUCCACUGUCAGGCUGCCAAAGGGCGAUGUCCUGAUCCAUGCUGGAGACUUGACAAACCAGGGGACCUAUUCCGAGCUGUCGAGUGCUGUUGAGUGGCUUGAGAAGGCGCCUUACGAAGCCAAAAUUGUGAUUGCAGGGAACCAUGAUAUCACCUUGGAUCGCGUCUUCUACUCGGAGCAUGGGUCGACUUUCCACAAUCAGAAUCCGCAAGACCCGGCCAAGUGUUUGUCACUACUGACAUCGAGCCCCUUCAUCACAUAUCUUCAGCACUCCAGCGCCACUAUCCGACUCACACACCCCAAGGGGCCCGGUACUGAGUUCACCAUUUUCGGUUCCCCCUAUAGUCCCAGACACGGUACGUGGGCCUUCAGCUACGACCGCGCAGAUCACGACCCAGGAUCAAACCAAGCCACAACCAUGGCACCAAGCGCAGCGGAGCUCUGGGCUGCGAUCCCGCAAGAUGUCGAUAUCCUUCUCACCCAUACACCGCCUUACGGUCAUUGUGAUGGCUUUCUCGGCUGUCAAGAGUUGCGUAAAGCUCUGGCUGAAGUGCGCCCUCGGCUCCACGUCUGCGGUCACCUCCAUCAGUCAAGAGGGGUAGAGCGUGUGAAGUGGCAUCCGGAUGGCUUCGGCACCGCAAACUGCGACAAUCUCCGGGCCUCGGUAGAGCGUUGGCAAGAUCCCAGCCCCGAUCCCGCUUCUGCCAAGAUCAGCCUGGUUGACCUGACGGCACGUGGUGGGAAACGGGCACUUGACUUCCAUGACUCCGCAAUGCCGCCGGGCAGCCAAAUUCCGGCACUACCAGACCUGAUGAGGUCCCUUGAUCGACGAGAGACAUGUGUCAUCAACUGUGCUAUUGUGGCCACCUCAUGGCCUCACUUGGGCGGUAAACGGUUCAACAAACCGAUCGUGGUUGACCUGGACUUGCCUGUGUGGAGAUGA